AUGGAGUCCUACGGUCUGCCGGCCGUGCCAGGGAACUGGAUAUCGCCGCAGCAUCACCAGGGCUUCUCUCACGCCGUUCCCGACCAGGCAGACCUCAGGAAUCAAGUUGCCCAGCUCCAAGCCCAGCUUCUGGCAAGCUAUAACCGCGAGCAACAGCUCAAGGACCGAUCCACCGAGGCCAACAACCCCUCGCAUGGAGGCCAUCGUGAACCGACCAAGGACGCUGAAAAGCCUGAUCCCUCGGCGAGAACCAUCAUGGCCCUGGAGCACAAGGUGGCCGAGCUGGAGCAGUUGGCAGCCGCCGAGUCUGCAAAGCGCAGGGAAGCUGAGAGCCGCGAACGAGGCGCCAAUAAGAGCCAAUCCCUCAUUGCUAAAGAGAAGCACGAGGCCACGCGCAAAGCUGAGGAGCUCGAAAAGCUCCUCCAUGAGGCACAGGACAGAGCAGCGGCGACCGAGCGUGCAAUGCAAGACCAAGCGCGAACUGACCGCUCCGAGCUGGAACGCCUCAAGUCCCAGCGGGCAAUGGAUGCCAACCAGAACCGCAUGGUCAAAGACCAUCUCGGUCGGGUCGAGCAGCACGAAAGGGAUCGCCUGAAGGACAAGCUCAAGUCGAUUCAGUUUGAGAACAAUGCGCUCCAGAAGCGCGUUGACGAGCUGGCUCGAGAGAAUGCUGCCAUGUCCGCCGUUCAAAGGAGUCGAGGUCCGCAGUCGGCCCACAAGAUGCCAAACGGGGCGGGAUCUUAUCGUCACCGCGGGCCGAUGGCCGCUCCGUUGUCUUCCCCAGAGGUCAAGGUCGCCCCGCCGACUGAUCCCUUCGCUCAACUCGAGCUGCUUGGCUGACCUCCGCUCGCGCCCUCGCCUCGUUUGCAACCGUGAAA